UAGUCCAGCAGGAUCCGGUUCAUUUCGUUCUUUUGACCAGUUCGGUUCUGACUCGAGAUCCGGACCGGUACCGCCUGAUGCAGGAAGUUUGGUACCGAGCAGCUCAAACCGGUUCCGGUUCUGUCAGAACCAGCGGGUCCCGUCCAGACUGUAAAUCGGGUUAGAAAUGAAAACAGUAUUGGACUUCAUUCAUUUCUGUCUCUGUACCAGGUCCGUUUACCAGUUUCAGAACCCGACCAGAACCCCUCAGUGUAAAUUACCUUGAGAAAUAAUGAGAUUCGGCUUUAAUGCCGAAAAUGAUCAAAUGUUAGAAGCCAUAGAAACGGAUCAGAACCAGAGUUACAUUCACCGUCCAGCGCCGGCCCACUGGGCUCCUUCUGGACGGAACCAGCUACAACACAGAACCGACAACAGCAGGAAGAACAGAAACGGAAGCAUGAAUCAGCUGUUUGGCUACUUCCGGAUGGAGCUUUCACCUCUUCUUCAUGACCUUCAUCUCUCCUCCUCCUCUUCCUCAGAGAAGACACGCCCCUCUAUUCCCCUCCCACCAAUCACAGAGCUCCUCUCUGAGCUGCAGAAGAAGCUGAUUAGUGUGGCUGAAAGAAGUGAUCUGAUUGGCCAGGUUGAGCGUCUGUUCCAGGCUGCAGAUCCUGAUUGGCUGUUCCCUCCGCUGUUGGAUGACCAGGACAGCAGGUGGGCGGAGCUUCAGGCAGAGUACAGCUCAAUGAUCAGCGCUCUGAUUGGCUGUGCCGCGCUGCCACUGUGCGAGGAAGACUGUGGCUCGUUAGACCCCUCAGCCUAUCAGAGUGUCCCGAAGCGCGCCGCCGCCGUAAGCUCCGCCCUCACAGCACUGCUGGGGAACUGGGAGGAAGGGGGCGGAGCCAGAAGAGCCAGGCUGCUCCUUGCUGUGGCUCCACCCAUCUACCUGUUCGCUGUCACGCAUUUCCAGGACGAGGUUUGGACCAGCGCCGCCUCCAGAACCGCGGCGCGGCACCUUCAGGUGGCGCUGCUGAGGGCAGGCGGAUGGAGAGACUCCGCCCACCUGCUGGCGGGGGAGGAGGAGGAGGACAGGUGCAUUCUGGGAGGAGUCCUGGACAUCCUGCAGCCUCAGCUGACCAGGGAGUCAUGGCGACGGUGUGCCGCCUUGAAGCUGCAGUUCUCCUGGACGCUGCUGCAGGUGACCCGCCCCUUCCUGUCCCCCUUUCUGCCUCGCCUCCUCCCCCCUUCGCUCCUCCUGAAUGACGACUACAAGCCGGAGAACUGCAUGCUGGGAGUUCGCUGUCUGCAUCACAUCGUUCUCAACACGCCCGCUGCAGACCUUCGUCAGUUUAACAGAGCCGAGGUUCUGUACCAGGCUCUGUUCAGACACCUGUACACGAGCGAGGCCGCUGUCAUCCAGCUCGUCCUCUCCUGCCUGCUCGACUUGCUGCUGGUUCUGGAGAAGCCGCCCUCCUCUGACUGCCGCAGGACGCUAUGUCGCCAUGACGAUGUGCUGCAUCUGGUUCUGACUCACAUGGAGGCGGAGCAUAAGGUGGCUCUGCGGCGCGUCUACGCCUCGGCCCUGCCGCUCUAUGUGGAGAGGGUGGGCGUGGCCGUGUGCAGACACCUGCGGCGGCUGCUGCCGGUGCUGCUGGGUUACCUGGAGGUCGGGGAUCCGCCCGAGGAGUCGGUCCGGCUGAAGAUGCUGGAGGUUCUGCAGUCGACCAUCAGGCUGGCGUGGCCACGGAUGGCGAGCCGCACCAAUGUGCUGCUGCGCUGUUUGCUGCGGCUGCUGGUCGACGUCUCUGCAGACCCGGGACUCAGCGACUCGGUCCGGCUGCAGCUGAUGGAGGGAAGCUCCGCCUCCCUGCGCCUGUUGGAUGCCGCCACGCAGCAACGCGUUCAGGUUUCUCUGUUUGCAGCGGCUCCUCCUGCAGGUCAACAGCCGCCACUGCAGCACUCAGGUUCUCUGUUGCCUGGCAACCGUGACAGUAGAGAGAAAGCACACCUGAAGCACCUGGAGGGGGAGCUUUCAGAGACCGAGCAGCACCAACACCUGAACCAAGCCGCAGCCAAGUCCGAAGGUCGGCCCACCAGAACCAGAGGCUGGGGACUCACUUCCUGCUGGGUUUUCAGAGUAAAACGUUUUAGAGAACAAGGUUCAGAUCAGUUCUGGGGACUAAUCUGACCUUGUCAGAAGGACCCAAACAGGUCCAGAGGAUCAGCAGCUAGUUGCAUAAAUUAAAUGUUUUUUGAAUUCAUGUAAUAAAGUUUUUCUGUAGCUCUU